CAGACAGAUAAUUUUGUUAAGUUUCCCUUGAUAAUUGAUCCUGGUUUAAUUAGUUUUUCAACUCAGCGCUCAGCGCUAUAACAUUUUGAAACCUUUUGUCAUUUUGAGUUAUUUGAUAUUUUCAAUUCAUAUUACCUCGACCUUCACGAGACAUCCACGCGGGAUACACGCAUGAAGCAAUAUAUACGUUCAUAAUCACAGCUAGUUAAAGUUCAACUGUUCCUGUUAAAAUUUAAAUAUUAACUUGUGAAAGGUGUUUAUUAUGUCGACGAAAGCGGAAAUUUAUCGACCAAGCGGCCAGCCAACCGCAUCAAGCUUUGUUCAAGUUGACAUUGACGAAGUCGCGAAACAAGCGGAGACAAAAUCGAUGGAGGAACUACAGUUGCAGAAUAUUAAACUCCUUGACGAGAAAGACGGGCAGAAUUUUUAUGCCCCCGAAGAGAAGUCGUUAAUUCGCAAGGAGGAAAUCGACACAAACCAUGGGAAACUACACAUCACUUUACAUGGUACGGAAGGCAAACCGGCCAUAAUAACAUUUCAUGAUAUCGGACAGAACCACAUUUCGGCCUUUCAAAGUUUUCUUAAUUGCACUGAAAUGGCACCCAUAUUGCAGUAUUUCACAAUCUAUCAUAUCGAUGCGCCCGGUCAACAAGACCAGGCUGCUCAGUUUCCUGAGACUUUUCAGUAUCCGAGUAUGGACGACUUGGCUGAGGCUGUCAGCGAUGUUGUGGCGCAUUUUAAAUUGAAGUCAUUUGUGGGACUGGGCAUCGGCGCUGGAGCAAGCAUUCUUUGUCGAUAUGGCCUGAAAUACCCGAAAUUGGUCGAUGGCCUGUUGCUCAUCAAUUGUUUCUCGGGGAAAAGUGGUUGGGUCGAAUGGGGCUAUGAAAAGGUACUGACUACUGUAUCUAUUUUCUAACCCGGAAAAUGUCAAAUUGACGAGUUGACAUAUCAUGUCUUAAUAAUAUUAAAUGCUAACAAGAUAAACUGUAAUAGGGGCUAUCAACAAAAAGAUUAUCGCUC